GCAAAUUGUUGUGUGAAGGAAUCAAUAUCUCGACAUAAGCCAAGAGGCAGAUCUUGUGCCACUCCACCUGGUCGUAUGAAACUGGCAUGCAUCCUGGCUCCCGAGACUCUUUCAUAGAAUUCCAACAAUUUCUCCCGCUCCUCAAAAGCCCACAGGAACGGAGUUAAUGCUCCCACAUCCAUAGCAUGAGUAGUUAAAGCAAGUGAAUGAUUUGAAAUUCGAUUUAUUUCACGGAAUAACACUCGUAUAUAUUGAGCUCGUAAUGGUACCUCGCAAUUCAAAAGUUUCUCUACAGCUGAAGAAUGAGCGUGUUCUUGGGCCAUCAUAGAAACAUAGAUAGGGUCGAAAACGGAACGAAAAACGAAACUUUACGACAGCUUUUUCGUACACGUUCACUUGCAUCACAUACACAAGUGCUCUCUGAACCGUGCAAUAAGCUUUUUAGGUUAUGCAAUAGAAGGGAGGCAACGCUCUGGGCUUGCAGAAAUGAAUGGAUCAGAAAGAGGGGGGCUGGAUUCAAUUUCCAGGCCGGGCGGGAGGUGAAGACCAUAAGAGAAGAUUGCCCUCCCGGCAAGGCUUCUCAAAGCAGAGGAGGAAGGGUGGGCAGAAGGUACCACGAGCCCUCUGUCCCACACAUCUAUCCAGAAGCAAGUGUAGUUCACCGGUUCCACCGAAUGCUCCUAUCUCUCGGCAAAGAUUGUGUGAGUGUGCAGUUAUGCUUCGGAUGCUUCGCAAUAGAUCGACCCAGUUCCCGUUCUUUUCCGGUGCACUCGCUUUAUAUCUCCGAUACACAGGGAAGGACGCGGUGGGAAGGGGUUCUUCGCCCUAGCCUCUGUCCGGCCGAUCAUUCCGCUGGCAUCUUGCAUUCACGCCUCCGUUUGACUGCCGCUCGGGGAUGUAGUUGUAGAUACGUUAGUCAACGUGGGUCGUUGGCUCCACCUGUUCUCUCCUUCUACGACAUGCUGUUGUUGUCGCCAUAUUCCAUAUGUCACUUAGUCAUCUCUGCCUCGCUGCGGGUCAGCACCUCCGAAAGAAACGGAGGACUUCAUUCAGUGACUCCGCGAUCGCCCUCUGAACGAUCAGAAUAAGGUAAAGCUUGAAGAUAAGUUUUGUACUCUAUUAAUUUCUCAGUCCCUCUAGUCGGGUGGGCGCCGGCCGGUCUUUCGGCCAGAUCCCCCUAAAAACCGUACGUGCGGGUCUCCCCGCAUGCGGCUCACGCCAUUCGAGGUGGCCCAGCCCAGCAUUCAUUCGCAAAUCCUGUAGUGAAAUUGAGACUGCUCGACCUCGGAAGCUAAUUCGCGUGUAGGCAGCGCUGUCUGUCGUAUGGUUGACUUUAUCAUCUAUUCAUUGAAUAAUUGACUUUCUUACAUUUUAUAUAUAGGCUCGCUCCCUAUUUUUCCAAGAAUUCAUUCACUUCCCUUAACUUCAUAGGGCUUUCUAUAAGAGGGGUUCCUCCUUCCAUUUCCGUCAAAUGACCCGGCCUCCCCUGGCUCUUCCACCGUCCGGGAUCCCUUUCCCCCUAUGCUCACCCGGCGCAGGCCUACCACGCUUCGCGCCUGCGGCGUUUUCGCCAGACGGUCUUUGCCUGUAGUGCCAUCCUCCCCGCUGGCUGUAUGGGAAUUUCUCUCCUCUCCUUUCAGUCGAGUUGCUAAAGCCCCUCGACGCUGCCUUCUGUUAGGCUAUAGAUUACAGGAACAAAUGUAGUUGAAUGAGACAGCAGGCGGGUUACACGUUCCACUACGCCGAGAUGUGAGGUGCAGGUGAUGAUGAUCACCCCGGGGUAUGCGCUAGCGCCCUUGACAGGCACUCCAGGACCCGCCAACGCUCAUGAAACCCGGGUCGGGCGGUCCUCCAUUCAUCCGACCAGAGGUGUGGAUAACGAGGCCACCUUCACAACCUUCUCCCCUCUGUCCCUAUGUUGUAGUAAGGUAGGGCGGUUCGCUUGAGUUGCUCAACCGCCCUCUCUAGACAAGUGCUCGAGUCAUGCUUACGCCCUCUCCUUUCAGUCGAGUGACUUCGCCCCUUAGCCCGGUGCUCAUGACCCGCUACGGAACCUCCACCGUGCCGGGGGACCAAGCAGGGCAUAGCUAGCGGCAUAGGAGCCGACUCGGCGUCAGCGGCUUCGUGCCGCACUGGAGUGAUCCAAUAUGUGGUUCCGCACGUUCCACCACUUCUCCGUUCAUUUCCAAUACUAAUCGUGAAACACCAUGAGCAGCAGGAUGUUGAGGUCCAAAAUUCGAAGUAAAAUUUUUGAUUUGCCUUUUCCUAGUCGUCAUGGGAAAGAAAGGCAGAAAUCUGAAAGAGAUGAUUCCCUGAGAUCUUGUCCAAUACCACUUGUACCAGAAAUGCAUCUCCUUCGACGACCCUUCCACCCUAGUCCCCCUCCCCUUACGCUUGCUUGGACCCCGCCCCACCAGCUUUUUUUUACACAGGACUACUACUUUACAAUCUAAUUUGAUUGAAAGCUCUCAAUCAAAUUAGAGAUCUCCCGCCAUAUUGGACUUUUUGUUUUUCCAAUACAGUCGAGGACUCUUUUAAGAUGACUUAAACGGCUCCCAUUUGAGGGGAAGCUGUUCAGAUCCCCGAAGUAGGCUUAAAUACCUAUGUGAAUAUCGGAAUCUUCCUUUAUCCGAAGGCGCUAAAGCCCUCUUUAUAUAAAGAGAGGGCUUUAUCAACAAUGCUUUCUAUCUUUUUAGAGCAUAAGUUGAAAUGGCCUUCUGUUAACCGCCACUCCUUAGAUGAAAUCAUAUCCUUCAAAAUCUUCUUUUCAUUUUCUAUUUGCUGCUUGUCGAGAGUUUGGAAAAUCUCAUCU